UAAAAUUAAAUGUUUACUUUUUAGAAUUUUUCAAAUACAAUUCCUUCAAAAUAUUAAAUUUAACUUAAGUUUUAAGACCAUGGAUCCUAGCAAAAUGCAAGGGAAAAUUCGCGAGCAGAUGAAGCGUGAGAUAAAAGCUAGAAUUGAUAGCGAGAAGAAAUGGAGCUUUAUGGCUAAGUCAGAAAACAAUAAGCACUAUAGUCAACCAUACCUAAAUGCAAAAAUUGCUGAAAGAUUCUCACAAAAUGCAAAAAUGCGAAAAGACUCGUCGGUAACCCCACCGACUCAAAUGACAGAUACCGAAUGCAGUCAUGGAGAAUCUUACUUCGUUUCUCCGGUUAUGUACGAGUCUCUCAAUGUCUGUCGAUGUGGGAGAAAAAACGAAGGCAUUCAUCUCAUUAAAUGUCUCCAAAAGUGUGUUAUAAAGUAUUCUGAUGGUGAAAUUUCAACAGGAUCUUCUCCAAUUGGAGAAGACAUUGAACCAAACAUUCCGAGAACAUCAAAUGGACUUCCUGGAUUUUUUACAUCUAAAUAUGCACAUUUGGAAAGAUCAACGUUCUAUGUAACUCCUAAAGUUCAUCUUAAACAUAAGAUUACUGAUAACAUUUACAAUAAUAUUAUUAUUGGAUAAAUAUAA